AGAGGAAGAGGAAGAUCGGAGGAGGAUUCAAGAGCCAAGUGGGCCGGCGGCGGGCGGUGCGCGCAUGCUCGCGCCCAGCGACUCCAUGUGUAAAGAGCGCAUUUGGCCAACGGAGGGGGGCGAGAGCGCAGCAGGAUUGGGAGAGAGGAGGGACCUCGCCGGCCGGUUCGAAAGAGGAGGCUGCUCUUCCCCCCCCCCCCGGUGAAGGGGGUGGACAGAAAAGGGAGGCUUUUUUAAAAAGAAGUGGACCCACCCGCCCUUUCGAUUUGGGGGAUCGUUGAAGCGGCUUUGUAAGUUUCUUGUAGUCGGGAUCCCCCUCCCCAAAACAACCUUCGGAAGGACUGAGCACACCUUUCCUGGGAACCCAUGAACGGCUGGGACAGUGGCGAAAGAAAGCGGUAUUACUCUCCCGCAAGCUCCUUUUCCCUUCGCCUCUCUUCCGAGCAGGAGGUGAAUUUAUGUCAAUAUGUGAUAGGAUUCUGUCACGAGGCACCCCAUGCUGGAAAAGACACUGCCUGAAUUAUACCAGAGUACCAUAAUGACAGAAGAAGCUUGCCGGACGCGAAGUCAGAAGCGCGCCCUCGAGCGGGAGAUCACCCAGAACGACGUGGACUGCAAGAAGAUGAAGAUGGACAAGGGGCUCCUGGGGGCCCCCGAGGCCAACGCGGAAGGGGGAGACCUCAAGGUGAAGAGUGAACCCACAUCUGGGAGAAUCCAGGGACUGUUAAAAGGAGGGGAGAUGAAAGCCACGAUCAAAGUGGAGGUGCAGACGGGAGACGAGCCGGUGGACAUGAGCACCUCAAAAAGCGACGUCAAGCGAGAGAGGAGGGUCCCUUCGCCUGAUGUAAUAGUACUAUCGGACAACGAGCCGUCGAGCCCAAGAAUGAAUGGAUUGACGAAAAUCCCGUUAAAGGAGACCAGCACAGAGGUGCUGAUGAAGAGCAGCCCCGAGGAGCGGGAGCAGAUGAUCAAGCAGCUGAAGGAGGAGCUGCGGUUAGAGGAGGCCAAACUCGUCCUGCUGAAGAAACUGCGGCAGAGUCAGAUACAGAAGGAGACGACGGCUCAGAAGCCCACCGGAUCCUCAGGAAAUGCCGUGGCGACUCCCCCGCCGUUGGUGCGAGGGACGCAGAGCAUCGCCUCCAGCAAGUCAGCCCUCCUCCAGAAUUCCUCGCGUAUUCCUGGGACUGUUAUUCCUCCCCCCUUGAUCCGCGGAGGGCAGCAGGCAUCUUUGAAGCUGGGCUCUCAGCAGAACACGCAGAUAGUCAUGCCUCCUCUGGUGCGAGGAGCACAGCCCAUCUCUGUGUCUCCCCAGCAAAUCCACAACAUCCGCCAGCACUCCAGCUCGGGCCCCCCUCCCCUGCUCCUGGCCCCGCGGGCCUCCGUCCCCAGCGUCCAGAUCCAGGGCCAGCGCAUCAUUCAGCAGGGCCUCAUCCGCGUCGCCAACGUCCCCAACGCAAGCCUCCUGGUCAACAUCCCACAGGCCUCGCCAACUUCGCUCAAAGGUGCGGCCGUGACGGCGGCCCAGGUGAACGCUGCAGCCACUGCCACCAGUGUAGCCUCCAUCGUCAACUCCAAUGACUCCCCUGCCAGCCGCCAAGCGGCCGCCAAGCUGGCGCUGCGGAAGCAGCUGGAGAAGACGCUGCUGGAGAUCCCUCCGCCCAAGCCGCCGGCCCCCGAGAUGAACUUCCUGCCCAGCGCGGCCAACAAUGAGUUCAUCUACCUGGUGGGCUUGGAGGAGGUGGUGCAGAACCUCCUAGAAGCUCAAGGCAAGGUUUCUGCUGCCCCUUCCUCUCAGGACCCCUACACAUGUGUCCAGUGCAAGACGGACUUCACCUGCCGGUGGCGGGAGGAGAAGAGCGGCUCCAUCAUGUGCGAGACAUGCAUGUCCUCCAACCAGAAGAAGGCGCUGAAAGCCGAGCACACCAGCCGGCUGAAGGCCGCCUUCGUCAAGGCCCUCCAGCAGGAGCAGGAGAUUGAGCAGCGGAUACUGCAGCAGGCGGCCUCCCCCGUCCAGACCAAACCCGAGCAGAUCGCACAGCAGCAUCACUCGCUCAAGCAGGCCUCCAGCCAGCUUCCCCGCAGCGCCAGCACCCCCCGCGGAGUGUUGCAUGCAUUUAGCCCGUCGCCCAAGUUGCAGAACGCCGCCUCCAGUGUGGCCGUGCUUGGCGGCAGGCAAGGUAAGCGUGCUCAGAGACCCGCCGGCAAAGGAAGUGCUUGCACUUGGAAGAAGACUCUCGUCAACGCAGGUGGGACGCUGAACUUUGUCAACCCCAGUCUCGCUGUGCAUAAAACUGCUGCUUCGGCUGUGGACCGGCAGCGUGAGUACCUCCUAGACAUGAUCCCCCCGCGAUCCAUCUCUCAGUCUGCCACGUGGAAAUAACGCAGGAACCUCCGCCUAGAGUGGAAGACUUCUCCCUUUUUCUUCUUGUCCCCCCCCCGUUCCCCCCCUCCCCAACCCAACCUUUGAUUCCGCCACCUGCCCAGCAUCCCACCAUCCGGUGGGGAAAACAACAACAACAGCGGCAAGCCUGCUUUCAAGCCUCGCCCGGAUCACGCCUGCAAAGGUCGCAGGAGGGAAAAGCUUGCUCCCACCAGCGCCGCUCUCAGCAAGGAAUGGGGGCGGCAGGGGGGCAACGACACUUCCCUGCAGGGUGGAACGGACACUCGGGGAGGUUGCAACGGACAUUAGGCAACCGGACUUUCGCAUUUCCAUUAUUAUCAUUUUUGUUCUGCUGUCUUCGAGAGGAGAGUCGCCUUUAUCAUUCUUUCCUGCUGG